CGUCAUGACGCCUGCGCCCGCGGCCGGGCGGCUGCUGUUCGCGGGAGCCUCGCGCCGGCACCGGGUCUCCGGGCCCGAUCCCGAUCGGUUCCGGCUGUUCCAGCGGCUCCGCCGGGAUGGGAGCAGCGGGAACAGCGGCGGGAGCAGCGGCGGGAGCCCCGCCCCCGGCGCCCCCAUCCGCAUCGCGCUGCCCGGCGGCCGCCUCCUGCCCGGCCGGGCCCUGCAGACCACCCCCUUCAUGGUGGCCACGCAGCUCGGGGGUGACGUGGCGGCCGCGGCGCUGGUGGCCCGUGUGAACGGGGCUCUGCAGGACCUGGAGCAGCCGCUCGAGUGUGACAGCGACCUGGAGCUGCUGGACUUCAGCUCGCCCGAGGGGCGCGAGGCGUUCUGGCGCUCGGGUGCCUGUGUGCUGGGGGCGGUGCUGGAGCAGUUCUAUGGGGCCACCUUCUGCCGCGCCUGUGCCACCGAGGAUGGGUUCCACUGCGAUGUGCACAUGGGGGACAGGACGGUGCCGCGCGGGGACCUGCAGGCGCUGGAACAGGCCUGCGCCGCCUUCGCCCGCGCCGGGCACCGCUUCGAGCGCCUCGAGGCCCCGCGGCAGCAGCUGAUGGAGCUCCUCAAGCACAACAGCUUCCAGCUGCAGCAGAUUGAGGAGGUGACGUCCCCAACAGCCACUGUCUAUAGGUGUGGGCCUCUGCUCCAGCUCUGCCGCGGGCCCCUCCUGCGGCACACGGGGCUGAUCACAGCCCUGCGCGUCCUUUCGAGCUCAGCUGCGCUGUGGCACGGCGCCGGCUCCGGGUCUCUCCAGCGCGUCGCUGCCGUCGCCUUUCCCAGUAUCCAGGACCUGUCCCAGUGGGAGCGGGCGCAGGACGAGGCGAUGCAGAGGGACCAUCGCCGCAUCGGCAGGGAGCAGGAGCUUUUCUUCUUCCAUGAGCUCAGCCCCGGCAGCUGCUUCUUCCUGCCCCGUGGCGCCCACAUCUAUAACGCGCUGGUGGAGUUCAUCCGGAGCGAGUACCGUGCUCGGGGCUUCCUGGAGGUGGUGACCCCCAACGUGUUCCACCCGCGGCUGUGGGAGCUCUCUGGGCACUGGCAGCACUAUGGCCCCAACAUGUUCUCCUGCGCGGCCGGCUCCGAGACGCUGUCCCUCAAGCCCAUGAACUGCCCGGCGCACUGCCUGAUGUUCGCACACCGGCCGCGCUCCUGGCGGGAGCUGCCCCUUCGCUUGGCGGAUUUCGGGGUCCUGCACCGCAAUGAGCCCCCCGGGACCCUCACAGGGCUCACGCGGGUGCGGCGCUUCCAGCAGGAUGAUGCCCACAUCUUCUGCACCAUGGAGCAGCUGGAGCAGGAGAUCGGCUCCUGCCUGGACUUCGUGCACAAGGUCUAUGAUGUGUUGGGGUUCACCUUCCGCAUGGCUCUGGCCACUCGUCCCCAGGGCUUCCUGGGGGACCCCGAGACCUGGGACCGUGCUGAGAAGAUCCUGGAGCAGAGCCUCAGCACAUUCGGGCACCCCUGGGAACUGAGUCCGGGUGACGGGGCCUUCUAUGGCCCCAAGAUCGAUAUCCGGAUCCGGGAUGCGCUGGGGAGGCAGCACCAGUGUGGCACCAUCCAGCUGGACUUCCAGAUGCCGGAGAGGUUUGGGCUGGAGUAUACGAGCGCGGGGGGGCCCCGGGCGCGGCCGGUGCUGCUGCACCGCGCGGUGCUGGGCUCUGUGGAGCGGAUGGUGGCGGUGCUGGCCGAGAGCUGCGGCGGGC